AAUAGGAGGGGGAGGAGGAAGGAGGAAUGACCCUCAUAAACCACUCCCCUAGGGCUGCACUGGGCAGAGGAGGAGUUUACAGUUUGAGCCAAGCUUAACGUUCAGAGGCCCGGAAGUGCAGGGAGAGAGGAGCAGCAAAAAAAAAAAAAAAAAAAAGACAGUGAGGGAAGAGGAGAAAACAAAGAGAAAGGGGUGACUGUCUGGGCAAGAAAGUGAAAGAGAGGAGAAAAGUCAAAAGGAGGCAGAAACAGCGUUGGGUCAAAAGAAGAAGACAAGGAGUAGACAGGCUACAAAAUGGCGUUGCUCCUGUGGCUGGGGUCCCAGCUGUCAUCCCUCUGGAGCAACGUCUCCAUGCUGGCAGUUUUUCUUACAGCUUUUACUUUACUGAUUGACUUCAUGAAGCGCAGAAAGAAGUGGAGCCAUUACCCGCCAGGCCCAGCAUCGCUGCCAUUCAUCGGGACCAUGUUCUCCAUCGACUUCCGCAACCCCCACUUCUCCUUCAGUCAGCUUCAGAAAAAGUUUGGAAACAUCUUCAGUCUCCAGAACUGCUGGACCAACGUGGUAGUGCUGAAUGGGUAUAAAACAUUGAAGGAAGCCCUGGUCCACAAAUCGGAGGACUUUGCUGACCGGCCAUACUUUCCAAUGUAUGAACAUAUGGGCUAUGGAAAGAAUUCUCAAGGGAUUUCUACAUCAAGGUACGGGCAUGAAUGGAAGGAGCUAAGGAGAUUUACACUCUCUACCCUGAGGGACUUCGGGAUGGGAAAGAAAACCUUGGAGGAGCAAGUGGUAGAGGAAGCUGGAUUUCUUUGUUCUGAAGUCAAGUCUAAAGAAGGUAAAGCUUUUGAUAUACAUGUUCUUCUAAAUAAUGCAGUCUGCAACAUGAUCUACGCCAUUGUCUUCGGAGAGCGUUUCAACUAUGGUGAUGAGACAUUCAAGAAGAUGUCACAGUUGCUUAAAAAUUCCCUGAAAGAGGAAACUGGAUUCCUGGCUACGCUUCUGAAUGUGGUGCCCAUUUUGAUGCGCAUCCCUGGACUACCACAAAAAGUCUUUCGAGCACAAAAGGAGGUAAUGGACUUCCUAGAUGGGCUCAUAGCUAAGCAUAUGAAGACCUGGGACCCUGCUGACACACGAGAUUUCACCGAUGUGUUUUUAAAGGAAAUGGAGAAGGGUAAGGAAGCUGAAGAGAACGGUUUCCACUAUAGCAACCUUCGUCUGGUGGUCGCAGACUUGUUUACAGCUGGUUUUGAAACCACUUCCACCACUCUCCGGUGGGGACUGCUGUAUAUGCUUCUCCACCCAGAAAUACAGAAGAAGGUCCAGGCAGAGAUUGAUGAGGUGAUUGGCAGAGAGAGACCCCCCAGUAUGAACGAYCAAGCAAGCAUGCCUUACACUAAUGCUGUGAUCCAUGAAGUGCAGCGCUGCGGUGAUGUUGCUCCUGUUGCGCUACCUCAUAUGACAUACCGGGACACCAAGCUGCAAGGCUACUUUAUUCCCAAGGGGACAACUGUCAUCGCCAACUUGUCUUCCGUGCUGAAGGAUGAGACAGUCUGGGAGAAACCACACGAGUUUUACCCUGAACACUUCCUGGAUGUGAACGGGAAAUUUGUGAAACCAGAGGCCUUCCUGCCCUUCUCAGCAGGUCGCCGUGCCUGUCCRGGAGAACAGAUGGCCAGGAUGGAGCUCUUUCUUUUCUUUACCAGUCUGCUGCAGAAAUUCACUUUCGUGCUCCCUGAGGACCAGCCCAAGCCACGGCAGGAUGCUCACUUUGCACUGACAAACUCCCCACACCCAUUCCUGUUGCGAGCUCUCCCAAGAUAAAGUGCACACUGCUCUCUUUUCACUCACAGAUCAUUACCCACCUGAAUUCUGUCAGAAACAUUGCAGGUCUAGGCAAGAUCAUGCUGGAUUCCAUCUCAAGUCUGUGCAGAAGGCCACAUCUGUGUAAAGUAAGGAUCUAGCCCARUAUCUUGUUUAGCUUAAUUCUAGUUGUGGAUCUCGAAUCAGACAAGAGGGCUUCAGCUUCAACAAGGUGACAUUUAAAUGUAGUUUCAGAGUAGUGCUCMUGAAAAAUCUUACCUUCUAAGACAUGUAUGUCCUCUUCAUUCCAUCCUGUUUAUUACAUUCUCCUGUUGUUGCACAAAUAUUGUGUUGUUUUAAUUUGUAGCUUCAAAGAAAGUAAGUUUUUAAUCCUGACAACCCUUAUGCCAUACUAUGACUUCAGUAAGAGGAAAUACCAAAGAGUACAUAAAUAAUCCAGAUGGUGUUUCAGCCACAAAAGAAAGUAAUUUGUGAAAUACAGAAAUUUCUAUAAAUACAUUUAAAGAGAAAUCCUGUUGUUUAGAUUUACUAUCUCCUCUAAUUAAAACUUCUAAAAUUUUUUCGCAUUACAUAAAGUCAGCUCUUGGGCAGAUUUGGAACUCACAAAGGGAUGGAAUUAUACUGUUUGAAACUGUAUGGACAGAGGUUUCAGAGUUACCUUUCUCUUUCUUCCUGCAAUAUUCCUGAMAAACUGUUUUGUAAGAUAUAAAAAUAUUUUGAUGUUUAAAUUAGUAGUAGCUGCCUUAGCACAUCUAAAAAGACGAUAGCACAAAGGAGCGCCUAUGUAUAACCACCACUAAAAAAAAAAAAAAAUCUGAGAUCGCGUGCAUGUGUGCACUAGUAAUUUUGUGUAAUAGUAAUUUUGGAAGCUAUGAAAGCUUGAAUUAUGCAAAUAUUAACAUAAUUAAGAUUAAUUUCAACAGAACUGCACAUUUAUGCUUUUCAUCUACAAAAUAACUUGAAAGAAUAAAAAUUAUGUGAA